UUUCUAACCUCAUGCAAGAUUCUUCAUGACUGAGCAUCUUCCAACUUGAAGAAGCUUUUGACACUCUACCAGUAUCUGCUGAGCUCUCUAUAAAACCGGAAAAACCAGAGCACUAGUUUGGCAAAUUGGGAUCACAAAGAGAGUUCCAAAAUUCUAAAUAUUUUAGUUCUUCUCAAGUUUUCAGUGUCCUAACAAUGGCAGCCAUAUCCUACAGACAAAACUCACAUGUUAACAACACUUACCAGCAGAAAGGAGUCAUCACUGAGGAAAUUCAGGGACUCAUUAGAGUUCACAGAGAUGGUCAUGUAGAAAGGCCUCCAAUUGUUCCUUGUGUCUCCUGCUCAUCACAACCAUGUCGUUCUGUGACUUCCAGAGACAUCUCCAUCAACAAAGAGACCAACCUAUGGGCACGUUUAUAUGUCCCAGCAAGCUCUAACACCAAGCUUAUUCCUUUGUUGAUUUACUUCCAUGGUGGUGGGUUCUGUGUUGGCUCUGCUUCUUGGAGCUGCUACCAUGAGUUCUUAACCAAUGUUGCUUCCAAAGCAAACUGUGUCAUUCUCUCUGUGGAAUACCAUUUAGCCCCAGAAAGUCGUCUUCCUUCUGCAUAUGAAGACGGUUUCAACACUGUCAUGUGGUUGAAACAAGAAUCUCUGAACACUUCUAGUGGGCAAAAAUGGUGGCUUAGUCAGACCAACCUAUCUUCCCUUUAUCUUGCAGGUGACAGCGCAGGAGCCAACAUAGCCUUCAAUGUUGCCUCACGCAUUUCAUCAAACACCUCUUUAUCUCUCAGAGGUAUAAUCUUGAUCCAGCCUUUCUUUGGAGGAGAAGAAAGAACCAUAUCAGAGAAGCAAUAUUCAAACCAGUUUCUUUCUCUAUCAGCUUCAGAUACUUACUGGCGAUUAUCACUUCCUCUCGGGGCAAACCGUGACCACCAUUAUUGUAACCCUCUUGUUAAUGGCUUCUCCAAGCUGAGAGACUUGAGGGUUUCUGGUGUUCUGGUGUGUGUAUCAGAAUUGGAUAUUAUGAGAGACAGAAACUUGGGGUUUUCUGACGCUUUGGCUAGAUCAGGGAAGAAGGUGGAGACUGUGAUGUUCAAAGGUGUAGGCCAUGCGUUUCAGAUUCUGACUAACUCUCAUCUUUCACAGUCUCGUACCCAGGAAAUGAUCAAUCAUAUCAAGAGCUUCAUCAGCCAAUAGUGAAGAUAGCUCUGAAUAAUCUUUAAAAUUUGUGCACAUAGAUUUAGUUACAAGAGUUUAGCGUGUUUGUUGUAGGAGUUGGUAACUGUCGUGUGUAAUAGGUGAUUUUAACUUUAAUUUAGGCACAAAAGCAAAAUAUUAAGUAUAACUUAUGAUUUGAGUUUCAAGUUUUCUGAGACCAACUCUUUGGUUAAUUAUUGGUGAGAGUUCCUGAGUUUCACAAAAAAA